AUGGUUUUAGUCGCUGUUAAGAAUCUUAUUACCGGAGGUCCCACCAAGCCUUUGCUGCCCACCGACCAGAGUCAAGUCGGCUACCAGGCCACUACGGAUGGCUCGUUCGUAAGCCAGUUCUCUAUCAAAGAGAUCGAGAACCCUCGUGUUGUUUCAGAUAUCAUCAUUGGUCUUUCGGAUGGUCUCACUGUUCCUUUUGCGCUCACUGCUGGUCUUUCCUCCCUGGGCAGCGCUAAACUCGUCAUCACCGGUGGUCUUGCCGAGCUUGUUUCGGGCGCUAUUUCCAUGGGUCUGGGCGGCUACCUCGCUGCUAAGUCUGAGUCCGAGUACUACGAGACCAUGUUGCGCAAAGAAAAGGCUACUUACCACGAGUCACCCAAGGAGUCCGUCAACGGUGUCCAAGAGGCACUGGGCGAGUUCAAUAUUUCUCCCGCAACCGUCGAGGCUGUCAUGUCUGAUCUUCAGCGGAAUGACGAGUUCUUGGCUGCCUUUAUGGUGAAGAUGGUCCGCGGCAUCGAGGAGCCGCAGGAGGGCCGUGAGCUGACUUCCGCCUUGACCAUCGGUGGUGCCUACUUUUUGGGUGGCUUUGUCCCCCUUCUGCCCUACUUCCUUGUUGAUACCGUUGAAAAGGGCUUGAUUUACUCUGUGGUCAUUAUGAUGAUCACUCUCUUUGCAUUCGGCUACUUCAAGACUGUGCUUUCUCUUGGUUCCGACUGCCUCCAAAAACAGCGCGUCUGGAACGGUGUCUCGAUGUUGCUGGUCGGCGGUGUCGCUGCUGGUGCCGCAUGGGCACUCGUCAAGGCCAUUGAGGCAUGA